CCAUUACCCACAAACCCCCUUCCAAGGCUGAACUCAACCAUUGAGGCAUUGAAAUGGUUGAGAUUUGAUAAUUCGCCAAGUCUAGUGUUGUUUUUCAAAAGGGUUUGAAGACUCUGUAAUAACCUACCUCAAAAUUGAAUCAGUCUACGGGUAUAUAUAUAUACUUAACUGAGAAACCCAAGAACGAGAAGACCUUUCCUUUGUACCAUUGUUUUUGCUUUUUGUCCGAAUCAGGACGGCUCAGAGGUAGAGGGUUUGUUUUUGGGUCUUCUGGUUUUUGGGCUUUUUUUUGAAUUUUUGGAAUCGGCUUCUGUAAAAGAGUUGAAAUGCAGAACAGCCUGCGAUUUUUCUGGGUCUUGGAGCCGAUUGGAAAAUCGCCGGCGAUUUGAUGGAAUUAGCGUCGUUUGUGUUCUCGUCAAGCACAUUAUUUCAUGGAGGUGAAGUUUCAGUGUAGUUCAUGUGCCGUUUCUUCGAGGACGAAGUUUUGGAGCAGGCUCCGAUUCGCUGUUGUUUUCGAGCUUGUAUUGAUAUUGGCAUGGUUUGAAGCUGCUAAUGCAAAAUCCCAAGAACACCAACUGCAAGCGCAAGGUGUGGAAAAGGGAAGUAGAAAUGUUGUGUCUCAUUCCUGCAUCCAUGACCAGAUACUGGAACAAAGGAGGCGGCCAGGUCGCAAAGUGUAUUCUGUUACCCCGCAGGUUUAUGAGGAAUCUGGUAUCUCAAAACCCCUUCAUGGCAAAGGGAGGGCAUUGCUUAGCGUUUCUAAAUUUUCAGAGGAGCAAGAGGAUGUGAAGGAACCGAUUAGAAUUUAUCUUAAUUAUGACGCUGUUGGUCAUUCUCCUGACAGAGACUGUCGGAAUGUUGGUGACAUUGUCAAGCUUGGCGAGCCUCCUGUAAGAAGUUCUGUGACUUUUGCUCCUGGCAUCCCUUCUUGCAACCCUCAUAGUGAUCCUCCAAUUUUUGGUGACUGCUGGUACAACUGCACUUUGGAUGAUAUAGCUGGUGAAGACAAAAGGCACCGCCUUCGUAAGGCUUUAGGGCAGACGGCAGAUUGGUUUAAAAGAGCCUUGGCUGUUGAACCUGUAAAAGGGAAUCUGCGGUUGAGUGGAUAUUCUGCAUGUGGACAAGAUGGAGGUGUGCAGCUUCCACGUGCAUAUGUAGAAGAGGGUGUAGCCGAUGCAGAUUUGGUUCUUUUGGUAACUACCAGACCAACGACUGGGAACACUCUUGCAUGGGCAGUGGCAUGUGAACGUGAUCAGUGGGGUCGUGCAAUAGCUGGGCAUGUGAAUGUUGCUCCUCGUCAUUUGACUGCUGAAGCGGAGACCUUGCUUUCAGCUACUCUAAUACAUGAGGUUAUGCAUGUUCUCGGCUUUGAUCCCCAUGCCUUUGCACAUUUUCGGGAUGAGAGGAAAAGAAGACGUGCUCAGGUCAUUGAACAAACUGUUGAUGAAAAGCUUGGGCGAACAGUGACGCGUGUGGUGCUUCCUCGUGUUGUCAUGCACUCACGGUACCAUUAUGGGGCAUUCUCUGAAAAUUUUACUGGUUUAGAAUUAGAAGAUGGAGGAGGACGCGGCACUUCAGGAUCUCACUGGGAAAAGAGGCUUCUGAUGAAUGAGAUUAUGACGGGCUCAGUGGAUACAAGAUCUGUUGUUUCGAAAAUGACACUAGCUUUAUUAGAGGAUAGUGGCUGGUAUCAUGCUAAUUAUAGUAUGGCAGACCGCCUUGAUUGGGGCCGCAACCAAGGAACUGAAUUUGUUACCUCCCCUUGCAAUCUCUGGAAGGGGGCAUACCAUUGCAACACAACGCAGUCAUCGGGCUGCACAUAUAACAGGGAGGCAGAGGGCUACUGCCCAAUUGUAAGUUAUAGUGGAGACCUCCCUCAGUGGGCCCGUUAUUUUCCACAGGCUAACAAAGGUGGGCAAUCAUCAUUGGCCGAUUAUUGCACUUAUUUUGUAGCUUACUCUGAUGGAUCAUGUACAGAUACUAACAGUGCUCGGGCACCUGACAGAAUGUUGGGUGAAGUGCGAGGAAGUAACUCUAGAUGUAUGGCCUCAUCACUUGUACGAACUGGGUUUGUACGGGGUUCUACAACUCAGGGAAAUGGUUGCUAUCAGCAUAGGUGUAUAAACAACACUCUGGAGGUUGCUGUGGAUGGUAUUUGGAAAGUAUGUCCUGAAGCCGGUGGACCAAUUCAAUUCCCAGGCUUCAAUGGUGAGCUAAUUUGCCCAGUUUACCAUGAACUCUGUGGCAGUGCCCCAGUUCCUGUAGUUGGGCACUGUCCCAAUUCAUGUGACUUCAAUGGAGACUGUGUUGAUGGAAGGUGUCAUUGCUUUCUUGGGUUUCAUGGUCAUGAUUGUAGUAAACGCUCUUGCCCUAGCAAUUGUAAUGGACAUGGCAAGUGCCUUCCAUCUGGGGUCUGUCAAUGUGUUAAUGGAUACACUGGCAUCGACUGCUCUACUGCUGUUUGCGAUGAACAAUGCAGUCUUCAUGGAGGGGUCUGUGAUAAUGGAGUUUGUGAGUUUCGAUGUUCUGACUAUGCGGGCUACACUUGCCAGAACAGCUCCCUGCUCCUCUCCAGUCUUUCAGAUUGCAGAGAGGUGCUGGAGAGUGAUGCCUCUGGGCAACAUUGUGCGCCUAGUGAACCAAGUAUUUUGCAGCAGCUAGAAGUGGUUGUUGUUAUGCCCAACUAUCGUCGGCUGUUCCCAAGUGUUGCUAGGAAGGUUUUUAAUUUCUUUAUCAGUGGGUACUGUGAUGCAGCUGCUAAACGGCUAGCCUGCUGGAUCUCGAUCCAAAAGUGUGACAAGGAUGGUGACAAUAGGCUUCGGGUAUGCCAUUCAGCAUGUCAGUCUUACAACUUGGCAUGUGGAGCAUCCCUUGACUGCUCUGAUGAAACCCUCUUCAGCAGCCAGGAUGAAGGGGAGGGUCAGUGCACAGGCUCUGGUGAGAUGAAACUAUCAUGGUUGAAUCGAUUGCGGAGCAGGCUUACCUUUAGUUCCAGUUCCUUGUAAGAGAUGUCUGUAAAAUAUAGGCCAGCUUUAGAUUUUCAUUUUUCUCCUUUCCUUCUCAUUCCCGGGCUUGUAAUUUUUCUAGGGUUUCCUUUUUUUAAUUGUAGAAAAGUGGGGGGGCGCCUAUUACACGUGCCCUAGAUGUAGGGUUUUCCUUCCGCCCAGCCCAAAUAUCAUUAACAAGGAUUGGGUGGAAUUGUUUACUAAGUUUUGGCUUUCAAAGAUGAAAAGCCAAAAUGUAGAGGAAAUUGAAAAUGUAAUGUCUACCAAAAAAGGAAGAAAAAAAAGAAAAAAAAAAAGAAAUGUGAAAACGGCUGUUGAGAUCAUUUGAAUUGAGAGGUUGGCCGAAGGCCCAGCAAAAGAAAAAGCUCGUCUUAUUUGUUUCUCUUUGUAA